AUGAAGUACUCGCUCGCCCCCUUCAUCCUCCGCAGGCCGUGGCUCGCCCGCCUCUUCAAGCCCGCCGCUACCUGGUACGUCAACGCCGCCGGUUACCGCCAGCUGGGCCUCAAAUAUGAUGAUCUUCUCGAGGAGGAGAACGAGGUUGCCCAGAAGGCCCUCAAGCGUCUCUCCAACGUCGAGUCUUACGAGCGCAUCUACCGCAUCCGACGUGCUGUUCAGUGCAGUUACCAGCACAAGCUUCUCCCCAAGGACCAGUGGAUCACCGCCGCUACGGACAAGCCUUACCUCCAGCCCCUGAUGGAGGAGGUCGCCUCUGAGAAGGCCGAGAAGAACGAGCUCGACUCCAUCGCCGUCGUCCGAAACCACUAA